CCUUGACAGAAGUAGCUUGUUGUGAAUCAAACGAUCCAAAAGAAAUCCAAACAUUCGUGCGGGUAGCAAUGGAGGAAAAGACGGAAAGUGCCAGAGAAAAUAUUUUGAACAAUAAGAAGUACGGCAAAAGAAAGUCUGUGAGAUUUAAGUAUGCAUUGGAACCGGCUUAUUUUGUGCUGUAUUAUGCAUUCAAUUUGACCAGCGCUGUAUUGCAGAAUCAAAUGCUGAAACAGACAUGCUUAAAGAAAGGAUACAGCAUGGAUAUCUGUACAAAUUUGAACACGAAUGAUGAGACAAAGGCUGUUGAGGAACUGAUACAACCAGACGUGGCUAAAAUCAACAUGUCAAUUCUCCUUUUGAACUCAAUCUUUCCAGGAACAUUCAGUUUAGUUCUUGGAUCUUGGAGUGACAUUUAUGGACGUAAGAAAAUCUUAAUGCUGUCAUUUAUUGGAUACUCAACAACUCUUGGACUCAUUGCCUUAUUUUCAUUCAUAUCUGAAAAUGUCACAACUUUAUCUCCGUGGGUUUACUUCUUUUCUGAGAUGCCAAUGACAUUUUUGGGUGGCUGGCCUACUUUAGACAUUGCAGUUUGCUGCUAUGUAGCUGAUUUAAGUACUGACAAGACUCGAUCAUUUAGACUUGGCCUAAUUGGAUUUUUUAACUUUUUUGGAAGUGCUACUGCAUAUUUUACGAGUAGCUACAUACUUGCAGCCACAAAUAUUACAAUUUUAUUCAUCAUUGGAUUCGCUUGUUCCUUUACUGCUAUGUUAUGGGCAUUAUUUAUGGUUGAUGAUUCUAUUGAGCCUUCUGAGCAUGUCAGCAACGGUGAGCAGUUUAAGCAAAUAUUUUCACCGCUGAGAAUCAAGGAAAUAUUCAAUAGCUUGUGUAAGAUACGUCCAAUGAAGUGUCGACAAAUUUUAUGGGCAUUAAUUGCUAUACCCACGUUGAUUGUAUUCACAAUGCAUGGAAAUGGAACUUUAAAUUAUCUUUUCGUCCGUGAACAGUUUGAAUGGUCUUUAAGACAAUGGACAACGUACGAAAGCAUCAAUUCUGUCUUAUCAGUCACUGGAAUAUUUAUUGGAGUUAUGGUGCUCAAAAAAGGUCUUCAAAUAUCGGACAUGAAGCUUGGCAUUCUUGGACUAGCAUCAUUUACUGUCGAUGCAUUUAUCAAAGCAUUUGCAACUAAAGGCUACAUGCUGUAUGUGUCAUCAGGUGUCACACUCUUCAGAUUAUUAUCAACACCAAUGUUCAGGUCUGUCAUGUCUGUUGCCGUGCCUCAUCAUGAGAUUGGAAAAGUUUACAGCCUGACAACAUGUUUUGAAGCUUUAAGUGGGUUAGGUGCCGGGCCUUUAUAUACAGCAAUUUACAAUAACACAUUUACAGUAUUUACUGGUGCUUAUCAUUUGUUAACUGCUACUGCCUUUAUAAUCGGAUUGAUUCUGGCUGGAUUUAUUGUUCGCUGGAAGUCACAAGGUGUCACUAACCAGUAUGAUUAAUGAUUCUGUGCCCAUGAUUCUUAAUAAAUUUCAUUUAAUCACUUCCAAUACUUUAAUUUCAUUAAUUUGUCAUCAUCUUGUGGAAACUAAGAAAGAUCGUUGAAGCUGCUUAUCAGGGCUGCUUAAGGAACUUAAAACUAUAGCUUUACAACAUCAACUGCAUUCGAAUGACAUGCAGCACCAUUAUCAAGCAUAUUUAACCAUUUCUCACUUUAAGUUAUUUCAAAAGUG